AGUAAAGAGAACAAGGCCAUGAAUCUCAUAUCGAUUAUACGAUCCAACCAAUCGAUAGACUUUUCUGAAUGAAUUGGACUUAUAUAACCUGAAUUUAGCCAUGCUACUUACAUAUACCCCCGGUUUCGACAGCAACUGUGGUGUUCAAAUGUCACUCGACGAUGUCAUCACUCCUCCUGAUGAAUAAGACAUUUUCGGGGAUAUUCAUUUUAGGAAUCACCAAAACACAGGUACUGUAUCUCGAAUAUUUCAUUUCUCUAUAAGUGCAGCUUCCUCCACCCUUCCAUUUCAUUCUCCACAUCUCAAUCCAGCCUCCCUCCUUCCUACCACAACCCCAAAACCCAAGAACCCCCCCCCCAAAAACCACCCAAAAAAUGUCUACACCUCUCAAACCCAUAAAACUCUACGGCAAAGGGCCCCCCAACCCCGCAAAAGUCGACAUGAUCCUCUCCCUCCUCUCCAUCCCCUACGAAUUCUCGCCCAUCGACUUCUCGGGGGUAAAGAAACCUGAGUUCCUAGCCAUUAACCCCAACGGACGACUGCCCGCCAUCCACGACCCCAAUACGAAUUUCACCAUCUGGGAGUCCGGCGCCAUCAUGGAGUAUCUACUUGAUCGGUAUGAUAAGGAGGAUAAGUAUGGGUUUGCGCCUGCGACGGAUGAUUAUUACCGCGCAAAACAGUGGUUUUUGUUUCAGCUUACUGGACAGGGUCCUUAUUAUGGGCAGUACAUUGUGGGUUGUCCUUUAUUUCUCUGGGCUUUGUGUCUUUGAUGGAUGGGCGAGAUUGUGUUAUUUCUUGCUCGCUCGAAUUUUCUUGGUUCUGAAUCAGUGAUUGAAUAGUGCUAACUAUAUUAGUGGUUCACCAAAUACCACCCCGAGAAAUUACCAAGUGUCAUAGAACGCUAUUACAAAGAGAUCAACCGCGUCACAGGAGUUCUAGGUCAGUUCCUUGUAACUAUUCCUGUAACCCUCAUUAACAUAUUUCCAGAAGGAGCAUUGGCGAAGCAAAAGGAGGCGUUUCCCAGCGGUGAUGGUCCAUGGCUGGUAGGGAAUAAGCUCUCAUAUGUGGAUCUUUCUUUCGUUCCAUGGCAGGCAAUUGUCGCAAAGGCUCUGCCAAAGGAACACUAUGACCCUGAGACUUAUCCAUUGGUGAAGGAAUGGUUGGGCAAGAUGACUGCGAUUAAGGAAGUUGAGGGUGCUAUGAAUGCGGGGCAUUGA